ACCGAAUUUACUUACAUUUUAUAAAUAAUAAGAACACAAUAUACAGUUACCUACUACAUGACAUUGAAGAUGUGCCUAGAGCCGCGCAUCGGCCUCAGAAGAAUCAGAAAAAAAAUGUACAAGUGGCUAUAUCGAACAUUUCAAACCUCUGUCCAGUAUCAUGAGCCACCGGAUAAAUCUGAUGGCGACAGAAAACUCUACCGAGCUCUAAGUCUAUCGAAUGGAUUACGUGCCAUGCUGAUAUCAGAUCCUACAUAUAAUAUAGAACACACCUCAGAUGUGCGCCACCAUCCACCUACAGAUGGGGCCAGGAGUAGUGAGAGCUCCAAUCCAUCCAUAGAGAAUUUUCAUGGAAAAUUAGCUGCCUGCGCGGUACUUGUGAACGUCGGCUCCUUUAGUGAACCGCGGCAAUAUCAGGGAAUGGCACAUUUUCUGGAGCAUAUGAUAUUUAUGGGUUCCGAGAAGUAUCCCAUUGAAAACGAAUUUGAUGCAUUUAUAACGAAAAACGGGGGUUUCAGUAACGCUCAUACAGAAAACGAAGAAACGUGUUUUUACUUUGAGGUAGAAGAUACCCAUUUAGAUAGAGGUAUGGAUAUAUUCAUGAACCUAAUAAGAGCACCGCUUUUUCUUCCCGAUGCCAUGGCUCGAGAACGUUCUGCAGUUCAAUCAGAGUUCGAACAGACAUACAUGCGGGAUGAAGUACGACGUGAUCAGAUAUUGGCGAGCUUGGCUAGUGAAAAUUAUCCCCAUGGCACUUUCAGUUGGGGGAAUCGGAAAUCUCUUGAAGAUCAUGUAGAUGACAAACUGCUGCACGAUGCGCUUCAUGAUUUUCGACGAAAACAUUAUGGAUCAAAUCGUAUGAUUGUCUGCAUUCAGUCGCAGCAAUCGUUGGAUGAAUUGGAAGACCUACUAGUUCGUCAUUGUGCAGAUAUACCCAAAAGCCAGGAGAAUGCAAAAGAUAUGGAUAGUUUGUGUUAUCAUAAAGCCUUUAAUGAAAAGUUAUUUCACGAAGUCUUUCUUGUGCAGCCUGUGGAAGACGUGUGCAAAUUGGAGUUGACCUGGGUUCUUCCACCAAUGAGGCAUUAUUAUAGAUGUAAGCCAGAGGCUUUUCUAUCGCAACUGAUCGGAUAUGAGGGUGUGGGAAGCCUAUGCUCUUAUUUACGUCGCCGUCUAUGGUGCAUGAGCAUUAUGGCGGGCAUUGGGGGUAGUAGUUUCGAAUCAAACUCCAUCUACUCUCUGUUCAAUAUGUGCAUAUACCUUACAGACGAUGGGUUCGAGCAUAUAGAUGCGGUAUUGGAAGCUACAUUUGCAUGGAUUAAAUUGCUAAAUGAGAGCGCUGAGCAUCGAGAAGAUAUGUAUAAGGAGUUUCAACAGAUUGCAGAAAAUAAUUUUCGAUUUCAAAUCGAACUACCUUCGAUGGACAAUGUACAGAAUGUGGUGGAGAGCAUUGGGUAUCUUCCACCAAAAGAUGUCCUUACAGGAUCACAGCUGUAUUUUGAAUUUGAUAAAGCUGCUUUACUGCUACUGAAAGAACACCUGAGUGCAUUUAAUUUUAAUAUAAUGAUCUCUUCGCACAUACCAUAUUUAGAUCAUGAAUACGAUCAGAGGGAAAAAUGGUUUGGUACGCAGUACACGACGAUUCCUAUGCCCUCAAAAUGGAUAGCCAUGUGGCAUGAUCCGCCAUUAUUGAAAGAAUUGAGCUUUCCACAAUCGAAUCCCUUCAUAACCACGGACUUCACGUUGCACUGGCAAGAAGCUGGUAGGCUACAUAUACCACGUCGUCCAAAAAUCCUCAAAAGGGAUGAUCUUUGUGAGUUGUGGUUUCGGCAAGAUGAUAUUUUCCAACUACCUGAUGGCUACAUAAAUUUAUACUUUAUUACUCCUUUGGUUCGUGAAAGUGCACGGAAUUAUAUGCUUGGCGUGCUCUUUACCUACUUGGUGGAAUUUAGCAUCGCCGAGCAAUUAUAUCCAGCUUUAGAAGCUGGUUUAACUUAUGGCCUAUAUAUAGGUGACAAGGGAUUGGUUCUACGUGUUAGUGGUUACAACCAAAAACUACCUCUUUUGGUAGAAAUUAUCAUGAAGGUGAUGUGCACUCUAGAGCUGGAUCCAGCUCAAGUGAUUUCUUUUAAAGAUCUCAAAAAGCGUCAAAUUUUCAAUGCUCUUAUUAGUGGAAAGAUUUUAAAUCUUGAUUUACGAUUAAUGGUUUUGGAGAAUAAACGAUUUAGUAUGCUACAGAAAUAUGAAUCAAUCGAUAAAAUAAAUGUGGAUGACAUCAAGCACUUUAAGGAUAAUUUUCACAAGAAAAUGUACAUCCAGGCACUCAUACAGGGAAAUUUUACCCAAGAAGAGGCACGUGAGGUAAUGCAAAAAGUAAUUUCCACGUUUAGUAGCCAAAAAUUAGAUAAUCCAUCCUCAUUGGACAAUAGCUUAGUGCAGCUUCCACUUGGAUCGUAUUAUUUGCGUGCGAAAACUUUAAAUCAGGAAGAUACAAAUACAAUUGUAACAAACUACUAUCAAAUUGGGCCAAGUGAUCUAAAAUUGGAGUGCCUGAUGGAUCUGGUAGAAUUAAUUGUGGAAGAACCUUUCUUUAAUCAGCUGCGUACUCAAGAACAGUUGGGAUACAGUCUGGGCAUACAUCAACGCAUUGGCUACGGCGUGCUGGCCUAUGUAAUUACAAUAAAUACUCAGGAGACUAAGCAUUCGGCUGACUAUGUUGAACGACGUAUGGAGGCAUUUAGGUCUUGCAUACCAGACCUUGUGUCACAGCUCACUGAAAUAGAGUUCAAUGAUGUGCGCGAAACGCUCAUCAGUAGCAAGAGGCUGGGUGACACUAGCCUAGAUGAAGAAGUUAUGCGGAAUUGGAGUGAAAUCGUAACCACUGAGUACUUCUUUAAUCGCAAGGAAAUGGAAAUACAAACGCUAAAUGGUAUCUCAAAGCAGCACGUUUUGGAUUUCUUAUUAGACUAUGAAAACAAGAACUUUCGAAAGCUUUCAGUCCAAGUGGUUGGUCAAAAUAAGCUACCAUCUCGGUCUCCAACACUGUCUAUUUCGGAUGCUAUGGCUCUUAGGCAGAGCUCAGGAACAGGAUUCGGUAGACGACCUGGUUCUUUGGCCGACCUAUUGGAUGAAGUGCAGCGUAACAUUUCCGAUGAACAACUCUUGUUUGAACAGAUGGGCAGUAAGAUCAAAAUAGAGCUUAUGGGACAUGGCGAUGAUCCAACAAACAUAGUGGAUAUUUCGGCUUUUAAAAACACGCUAUAUGUUUAUCCUUUAUUUAUCACAAAUCCAAAGUCCGCUAAAAAGUCGUAAUACACACAGAAUACUUUUAUGAUUUGUUAAAAGAAAUCAAAAAGUGUACAGCUAUCUAGUGAUCGGCCUCGCAUAUCAUUCCUUUCCUCAUUAGUGCCACCAAGGCUUUGAGGAUUUUGUUUACGUUAUUCCCUUCCGUCACUGCAGGGUUCAGCAUAUCAGCAUUCCAUAUGGUUGAAUGCGUUGAGAUCCUUUCAAUUCAGCAUAUUUCAGUAAAGCGAGUGUAGAGAAUGAACACAUAUAAUAAAAUUAAA